GGGCCACGGGCGGCAGCGGCUGAGGCGGCCGGAGCGGCGUGCGGGGUGCGGGGCGGGGCGGGGCGCGGCGCCGCCGCCGCUGGCGGGAGCGGCCGCGGGGCGGUGACUGGGUGCGGAUACCCCCGGGCCCGCUGGAAACGGCGGCAUCGGCGGCGGCGGCCCGGGGACUCGGCGGCGGGCGUUUCUGGCGGCCCUGAGCGCCGCGCCCUUCGCCUGCCCCAUGUCGGCGUGGCUCGGCCGGGCGGUGCUGCUGCUGGGGCGGCCGGCGGGCCCCGCCGCGGCGCCCUCCUCCUGCCUGGGCUCGCUGCGUGGCCCGCCGCGCUGCUGCUGCCGCCGCCGCCGCCUGGGCAGCCUUCGGGGCGGCAGCGACGGGCUGCUCCUCCCGCGGGGGUCGCCGCCGCCGCCGCCGCCCGCCCGGGCGCUGGGCACCCACCCCAAGAAGGAGCCGAUGGAGGCGUUGAACACGGCCCAGGGGGCCCGCGACUUCAUCUACAGCCUGCACUCCACCGAGCGGAGCUGCCUGCUGCGGGAGCUGCACCGCUUCGAGUCCAUCGCCAUCGCCCAAGACCCCAUAUCAGCUAGGGGAAGCUGUCAGCAAUAUGGGGAGACCUGGGCACAUCAAGAACCAAAUGAGGCCUAUUCCUCAGCCCAUUCCCAGGCCUACCACCAGAAGGAUGCAGUUCCAUCAACUAAUUGCCCUAGCCCGAAAUAUGACAGGACACACUAUGCGUGGCCUCCGCUAAUGGCAGAGGCUGCAGGGAAACCCCUCCUUUGCUGCGGCUGCUACGCUGAAGGACGGUCCUCAGCAUCCAAAUAUCCUAAACCACUGGUACCACUUGAGACGCCAGCGAAGGAGGUAGUAUCACCAGAGACGACCAGUACUUGUGAAAAGUUGGAGGUUGCACCCCCAUCUCCAGGACAACUGAGACAUGUGUUUGUCCACAAUGCGUUGCCUUUUGUAGGGUUUGGAUUUUUGGAUAAUGCAAUUAUGAUUGCUGCGGGAACCCAAAUAGAAUUGUCAAUUGGAGUUGUCCUAGGAAUUUCAACUAUGGCAGCUGCAGCUUUGGGGAACCUUGUUUCAGAUUUAGCUGGACUUGGUCUUGCAGGUUAUGUAGAAGCUUUAGCUUCACGACUGGGUCUGUCAAUCCCUGAUCUGACACCCAAACAAGCUGAUAUGUGGCAAACACGUCUCAGUGCACACUUGGGUAAAGCUAUUGGAGUGACCAUUGGCUGCAUUUUAGGAAUGUUUCCUUUGUUGUUCUUUGGCGAUGAGGAAGAAAAACUGGAAGAAAAAAAUUAACCUUUUUACAAGAAAUAUACAAAUGUAAACUACUGUACCUCAAUUAUUCAAUUAUGCUGUCAAUAUUUAGGAAUUAACAGACAGUAAAAAUGUAUAGACUUGGGAACAAAACCUUCAGCAUGUUGUUUUAUGGAAACACUAAUUUAUUGUGGCUUUGUGUUCAGUACUUCUUUUUAUAAGGUGCCAUCUAACUUUUUAUUUAAUUGUAAAGUUCUGAAGUGUUUUCACUUACGGCAACUGAUGUUUACCAUGUUCCCUUUUGACCUUCUUCAUUAAUGGAUUAUUUCUUUAAUAAUUCAUCAUGGAUGACAGUAUCACUCCUGAGUUGCACAUCGGUUGCUUAACAGUUGUGACUGCAUGACAAAGUUAUCACUGGUGUUCAUCAGGUCCUUCAAUGCAGAUUAUUAAGGAGAUCAGUGAGGAGUGAUUUGAAGUCCUUCAUUUUGCAAGGUGACUGGUUGCCCCCUCACCAGCUGUUGUUUUGCACUUCCUUAGGUUAGAUGUUUCAGUCAUCUAAGACAAUCUGGUUUGCAUUUUUUCACAAAUCUAAGUGUCUCUGAAUUGCCUUUUGAGAUUAUAAUUUUAAUGCUUUGACAAGGUAAGUGUUUCCAGUGUAGGCUCUUUACCAAGUCCAUUUUUUAGUGUUUUUUAACACCUUCUGAACUUCCAUAUUCAUGCCUUUUUCUUUUUUUUCUUCUUUGUAAAGAACAUUUUGAGAAUUGAGUUGACAUGUCCUUAAAUUUGUCAUCUGGAGUUUUGAGUGUGAUAUUAAAGAAUUCAGACUGACUUUAAAAACUACAAGCAAUUUUUUUUGCUCUGCUUAAAUUAAGUGUGAAUAUUUGAUUGGGUGGACGAGGCUGGGGAACUCUUCAGGUGUCAAUGAGUGCUGGCAUUGCAAGGUUGUAAUGGGUGGUUCACUUCAAACAGCAAAGCCUGCCAUCAGUCUGGAUUAGAGGAUUUGCAGAUUGUAACUUUGUAUUUAAGAUUAAGCCCUUUGCUACUGGGUUUUUUGUUUUGUUUUGCUGUGAGACAGUCAAAAAACAAGAAAAAAGAGACUUGAGGCCUUUUUUCCUUUUUUGCCUUUUGUUUUUGCAGUCUUACUUGGUGUAUUAUAAAUCUGACAGUGCAGUCACCUCUAACUGUACUUUUUUAUAUGAUCAUUAAUAAAUUGAUUACAACUAUUGAAUAUUUGUAACAUUUCAGGAUCUGACUUGCCAGUAGUAUAGUGCUAAACUGAUAACUUGAUUAGAGGAGAGGGUUUCUUACCUGUUUGAAUACCAUUUGGAAAAGACACUAAGAAGAGAGGCACAGCCAGGGCACUUUGAAAGUUUUAUUGCUGGAAUUGUUAGCACUUCUGAAACCUGAAAAGAAAUGUCAACAACAACAACAAAAAAAAUUAAGUCCCUUACGACUUGUAUUUGCUUAUAGGAAAGGUCUUAUUGUAGUGUGUACAUUCUACAAAGCUCAUGGCUUAUCUUUUGGUCAUCAAUCUGACUUGUCUGUUCUCAUUUCUAGAAGGCCUGUAACAGCAGUACUGAAACUUUGACAUCAACCUUUAAUGAAAGUGACAGUGUUGUAUCUGUUUUUUGAAAAGCAGACUUGGAAAGCUUGCAGUGAGUAGUCCCCUGUAACAUGUACUCUACUUUGUACAUUUAACCAUGAGAAUCUGGACCAAACUGCGAAACUGAAAGAAACCUCAGCCAGGCAUAGAAGAAAAAUGGAGAGGAGUUUUGGCUUGCAUUUUUGAAGUUGAAAGCUUUAUUUAAAAAAAUCCAAACCCCAAAAAUAACAAAGAACAAAAUAACUCCAACCACAAAAAAAAACCCACCAAAACCUACAAAAACCAAUCCUGCUAGAAAAUUAUGCACUCUUUCCCCAAAAAGAUUGCUGCUGGUUUACGGUAUUUCACUAACCAGGUUUUUUUAGUCAUCCACACAUUUGUCUUGCCUUAAACUCUUAACUUUCCUUCCUCUGCAUGUACUUUUGUUGCUGGUGUGUUCUAUACAAAGCUGCAAGUAUUUCCCAUGUGCUCUUUUUUUAAACAGAAGGACACAUCAAAACAAUUUUGCAUAUUUUUUUUUGUAGCUGUUACAGUAAUUCCAACACUGUUUCCCUUUGCAAUACUGGCAUCUUCAUUGGAAUCUUCCAGCAGUGGCCAAUCCUCUGUUCUUUGCUCUAGUACCAACUAGAUCGUUGUUUUCAUCACAAUCAGAAGGCUGUGUCAGCUGUCAUAGCAGUGUUCAUUUUAUAAUGGCAAUAGGACAGACUGUGUACUGUUAUUAAAUAGCUUGUGCAUGUAAACUGAGUACAUCUUGUUGCUGUAUGUCAAGGUAUUGUACUGCAAUCAAUGCUUUUAUCAAGAAUCAAUCAACUAAAAUAUCUUCAAAGAAUUCAGUCAUGUGUUGUCUGGUUAAGCUAUUUAGCUGACUACUAAAAUGUGGAGGGCAAGUGACACAUGGUGAGAAAUCUUGAGUGUUUCAGGCCAUUGUCUGAUACCAUAAUCAAGAAGGUGACUUCUGGGGUUUCAAUAUUUGACAAACAUGAAGAAAUAACUCAUUAUUUUAGAUGAAUGUGGCUCUGCUGAAGGUUGAGAGGAAGUGCUUGGUGUGGUCAAGCUGCCUCCCUGGGCACAGGAGGGGUAGCUUGCUUUGCCUGUGGGAUCCACUCUUGCAUGGAUGUGGUGCUGCUCUGUGGGCCAUGGAAGAUCUGUGCCUGAUCUCUACCCUGUCUCCUCACAAGGAGGGUGUCUUUUUCUGGGGUGUAUGGAGGAAAGUAAUCCCUGAUGCUCUGAUCACACUUCUUAAAAACAUUUCUCUGAGAAGACAGACCACUAAAAAAACCACUCCUUUGUUUCCUGUUUUCUUCUCCCUCCUGGAUAAAAGGAAAAUCAAACACUAAAAGCUUAUUCAGAGACUUCAGUAUUGCUCCAUUUUUCAAUUCUAUCAGUUUUGUUCUGUGUUAACAGGAAUUUUUUGCUUUAAAGGGCUGGUAGACCUGAAAUUGUUUAUUUUAAAAUGCUUUUAUUGUAACUUAAAAUAUAAAUGUAUUUUUGACUGUAUGUUAUCUCUAUGGACAAAGAACAUGCAUCUGAAAAUGCAUGAAAAUUACCCAGAUCUUCUCACCGAUAUUUUCUCAUUCAUGUACUUUUACAUAAAUUAUUUGAAUUCAGACAACGUAUUUUGUAUUGUCUUUAAUUAAAUUGUCAAAAUUUCUGUAAAGUUUUGUACUGCAGCAAAGCUGUUCUGUGUUUCUUUAUUAGACCAGAUGCUGGAGGGAAAAUGUUAACAAUAUCCUGUGGGUAUUCAGCCUCAGUUAUACAAAACAGGAAUUUAUUAUUUAAGUGAUAAGCAGGUGGUCCUUUGCCACUGUCACAGGAGAUACCAUCAUGGAGUCUCUUCAUGCUUGGAAGAAGAAGAGUUAAGCAAUUAAAAAUGUUUGCAUGGUAGAUUGCUGGUGUUUGUGAUUAAUAUUAGCCAGAAGGCCACUUGCACUUGAACUCUGGAAUUAACAGAGUUUUUAUAUGCAAACUAAGUCCUUUUGAACUUUCCUGGACUGGGGAGCUCUUCAUGUUUUUUCACUCCUUGGUCCCUUUUGUGGAUGUCUGUGCAUAAAGAAGUGCUGUGAGUAAAACAUCUGGACUGGAAGGAUGGUCUCAUCUCCUUUUGACAACCUGUAUAGGUUGGCUGUUCCUUUACCCUAUUCUGAUUGCAAUGUGUAGUAGAACUCUUCAUUAAUGUUAUUCAAAGAGACUAUCACACUUCUAGCCAACAUUUCCAUCUUCUCUGUCUUCUGAUGUUUUACAUGGUUUAGUGACAAGCUGACAGAGCAGCAGUAUAUGAACUCAAGACCUUAAUAAAGCAUUGAGGAAUUAUC